AUGACGCCUUAUUCCGUUAUUUGCGACCAGCAUUUUCUGGAAGUGUAUCCCGCCCUUCGCCAGAUUUCCCAGAGGACCAUAAGCACUGCUUCACGCAGGCAAAUUGAGAACAGAGUUCCUGAGAAGCAGAAGCUUUUUCAGGAGGAUAAUGGCAUUCCAGUGCAUCUUAAAGGUGGGGUAAUGGAUGCUUUGUUGUACAGAAUCACCAUGGGUAUUACAGUUCUUGGAACAGGCUAUGUUCUGUAUGAGCUGACUGUAGCUUCAAUGCCCAAGAAAUAGAAAUGAUUCCAGUCCAAGAUGUCUUGGUGACUAGCUUCUCUUCGUCCAAUUCCAUGUGACUACGGUCGUGGCUUAUACUUCUUACAAGCAGCUGACUUAAUGUUUGGAAUCACUAUUUAACUGUAACAUGUUAACUGCAAUUAAUAAAGCAGUUUUGACAUUG